AUGUUCUUAUUCUUGUGUGAACUACAGAAGUUUUUAAAUGAAGUCCUUCCCCAGAGAAAUCCAAAGUUACACGGUGUGACUACCAAAGUCAGUCCCAGUGUUCUUCACUCCCUGCCUCCUCUAACACUUGGAGUGUCAUCAAGUAAGUCACUUCUUUUAGAACUAGUAACCUCCUCAGGACCGACAGUGUUCUCUUUCCCUCGGGAAAGCCAGGGACUAAGGAACAACAAAGGGAUGCUGGACCUAAAUCCAUUAAUGCUGUCAGUCCUAAAAGCACGACUGGAUGAGGCUUUAGCUCAAGUGCGUAUGGAGAAAGCCGGACAAGAUGUGAUGGAUAGGUUAAAGAUUCUAAGUGUACUUAGUGCACUUCCUGAAAAUGGAGGAGAAUGUGAAACAGGUUUGGAAAACUCACAUGAGGUCCAGUACAGAGCUUUCUUAUUGCUGAAGGCCUUACAGGCUGUGUUAAGUGCCUGGGCAGUGGAAAGAGCUCAACGGGCAGCCCGAGCUGACCAGGAGAAUCCCACUAAACCUUUUCAGUGUCGCCUUCAGAGUUUUACUGUGUCAAUGGAUAAGUUCUUUUUGGAGCCCUCUAGAGCAAACAUUAACAACUGUGAGGGAGAAUGUGGUUUCCCACUGACAAAUGGCAACAACCAUGCUUUUCUGAUUAACAGUCAUAUACAGACUGGGCAGCCCUCAAAUCGCUCGCUUUGCUGUGUGCCAGUGGCCUAUGAUGACCUUGGUGUUAUUGAACUGCAUGAUAAUUUCACCGUUAUCUCUUACAAGACCAAUAUGGUAGCCAAGGAGUGUGGCUGUCGCUAA